AUGCCUCUGCUGCCAGACCUUCCAAACGAGAUGCUAGAGCAGAUCAUGAAAUACCUCUUGCCUGACGACGUCGACAACUUUUCGGACUCUCGUGAGGAAUUUCGCGCUAUUGCUAGCAGGAUACUACCCAGGCACAAUGAGUUGAAAAGAAAAAACUCCCAGGUCUCUUGCGGCUUGGUUGGCUCGGUAGGCUACAAAGCACUCCACCCCAUUUUCUUACUCCGGGACAUUCUUCAGGACCCGGAGAUUCUCUGGUACGUUAAGACCAUGUUCGUCGAGCUCUGCGACGAUCACUAUGCCUAUAGAAACGAGGAAACCUGGGACGAGGCCCGACGGAUAGCUGUGGACUGCAAAGAUGGCAUCAUCAAAAUGGUGCAGGCAUGUCCAUACUUGGACCAAGAAGAACGUAAAAACUGGAUCAAUGCGACACUCUCAUGCCACCAAGACACAGCUGUGGCUCUUCUUGCGUGCAUGUUCCCAUGCCUGGAGACUAUCCGCCUCACAGGCAUCCAUUCCAACAAUGAGCUACAUUCCCUUGCACGGAAGAUUGCCCAAGCCAACCGUCUCGACCCUGGUGGUUCCCAUGCUCUCAGCAAGCUCAAUCUCGUCGAAGAGGAAGGCUGUGAAGCAGAAAUAUUCCAAAAGAUGCCAGCAUUCGAGCCACUUUCUGGUCUGCCUUCAAUGCGACGCUAUACAGGCAGAUACUUGUAUCAUGAGAAUGAGUGGACAACCCCCAAAGAGAAGUCUACAAUUACAAGCGUGGAGCUCUACCAAUGCAUGAUUUACAUCGCAGCUCUGCGAAGUGUUUUUGGCGGAAUUGCAAACCUGCGAGACUUCACAUACGAACAUCAUUGGGCAUUUGAGAUUCCAGGUAAAGAAAUGCAACGCGUGGAAGAAACACUCGGAGAGAAGGGAGAAGCCGAGGACUCAGACGAGGACUCGGAAGUUGGUGGCAUAGUCAAGCCAUUCAUGGGCUCCCUUAGAGGUUUUCAGGUACUCAAAAACAUCCGCGUUCAAAAUGAGGCAUUCGUCGAGGAAGACCUGGAAGGUUCCGCAGGUGGGAGAACGGUGCACCGUUUGGUGGACUUGUUGCCAGCUUCGGUGGUGAACGUUACGUUGGCGAUGCCACAGUUGAGCGGAAAAGAGUCCUACCGGCUAAUGGAGGGUUUACCAGGACUCAAGUGGGAGCGGGUUCCAAAGCUCGAGAAGGUCAUUGUCGGAAGUGACUGUCCUUACAAAGAGAUGAAGACAGUGUUCGAGACUGUUGGUAUUGAGUUGGUUUCAUGA